GUAUGAACUGCGCCUUGGAACUCUCUAAAUAGGAGGAAGAAAUUUUUAUUUUAGAUAACUCCAGGCAGCGUAUAUUUGAGAACUCAAAAUGCCAACUGAGAGUCUUGGAGAAUACAUGGACAAAUCAAGAUACAAUCCUGUAUAUAGUCAGGAUGGUCAAGGCCAACCUGCUCCCAGAAUGCCAUUGACUGCUGAAGAGAUAAAUGUCCUGAAAGAGUGCAAUAGAGAGGCCUUCUGGUACAGAUGUGUGCCUUUUAGUGCAACCAUGGUUUUCAUGACCCAUUAUGCAGUAAACAGAGGCCAUCUUAAAGGACAUCCUAAAUUUGGUGCCUUGGGUAAAGGUUUGGGUGCAGCAUUGCUAGGGUUCAUAGCAGGUAAAAUAUCAUACCAAGAUGAAUGCAAAAAGAAGAUUCUGCGAUUAGAGAAUAGCCCCCUAGCUGAAUCUAUAAGACGAAGGCAACGUGGUGCUGAGAGUCAGAUCGCUACAGGUUCAAUUCCAUCAUUUGGAGGGGGGAGUGUAGACCAAGGUGCCUCAGAAGCAGAGAGCAUGAGACUGGGUCUUGAGAUGACACAACGUACACAAGAAUUAGAUGAAUCCAAGAGACCCAGUCUAGAUACAGAUGUUUCUUUUGUGGAUCGUGAAAGACAGUCAGUGGCGCCUGCUCAACCAUACCAAACUUAUGACAUGCUGCGGCAAAGAAAUCGGGAUGAAUACAAUACAAAGCAUUUACCUUCACAAUCCAAACCUUCUGAAUCUUUUAGUCAACAACCAUUUGUUUCCCAACCUGGGUCAUAUGGUUCCCAACCUGGGUCAUAUGGUUCCCAACCUGGGUCAUAUGGUUCCCAACCUGGGUCAUAUGGUUCCCAACCCGGUUCAUAUGGUUCCCAACCCGGGUCAUAUGGUUCCCAACCUGGGUAUGCUUCUCAAUCUGGAUCAUUUGGGAGAGAGGAUAGAGAAGGUAGACAGGGCAAAGCAACAUCAUUUAGUUCAGGUAGAAAGAAUGAAUAUGGAGAUGAUACAGAUUAGUAUUCUUUUUGCAUAGAAUAACUAUUGAUGCAUCUGGGAUUAAAAGGGUCACAUUGGCCUGCACUACCAUAUACACUUGUACUGUCAGAAAUGUCUUAACUGGGAAGGACUUAUUUAUAUACUAGAUAUAGACUCAUGGAUAUUUUUUACAAGUGUCACCCUGCACUAACUUUUCAUCAAGUUGGACUUCCACUUUUCAUGCAGCCUAUGCCUAUUUUAUGGUUUCGUUAGGAUGGCAUCAUUGUUCUCACAUAGUCCUCUUGCUGGAUCAGGAAGAUUCAGGGAAAUAAAAAACUGUCAUUUCUUUUUAACGUUGAAAACAUUAAAAUGGAUUGUGACUGUUUAAAUAAAUAACAAAUGUUUCCUCGGAAUUAUGUGUUGAAUAAUCAUACUGUAUAAAAUUCAACACGAUGCAUGUUUAUAUCUUUCUGGCAGUAAGGAUCCCAUGCACAUGGCAUAUUCAAAAUUUGGCUGAAUGAGAGAUAUAUAUGUAUGCCUUGUACACAGGGAGAUAUGCCGAGUACUAAAAUAGAACUCAUGGCAUUUUAGCGCCAAUUGAGUACUCAUUUCAGUAAAUA